CUUGGUGCAAUUGUUGUGGUUGAGUUGGUGGUGCCACCGAACACUCAAUCAUAUUGACUUUACUCUGCCAACAAUUUCUAUAGGUAAAAACUAAAGCUGCUUCGGGGAACGGUGUAUUUUAACUUUGAUCAUUCUCCCAGGAAACUAAAAAUCAAUACAUGACCUCUUGGGUCAUAAUACUCGAGGGCUAUGACUGCACCAUGACAUUGCCUCAUUGGUGCGUCAUUAUUUUUUAUCUACUGGGAUGAUAGAGAAGUAAAGGAGGUGGGGGAGUGGGAAGGAUGAAAGAUUUUACAGGAUGGGAAAAUUUGAUGUACCGAAUGCUUUAUGUUGAACUUGGAUGAGAUUAUGAUUUAGUACUAUGAAGUGAUAUUUGACUCCUUCUUUGGUAGCAGGUCGGGGAUUUAGGUCUAUCCAAAGUGAAAUGUCAAACAUUAAUGUCAGGGGGAGUGCGAGGUACCCUUCCUUGGAUGGCACCUGAGCUUCUGAGUGGCAGCAGCAGUCUAGUCUCUGAGAAGGUUGACGUGUUCUCUUUUGGUAUUGUUUUGUGCGAGCUUCUCACUAGAGAAGAGCCAUAUGUUGACCUGCACUAUGGGGCUAUUAUUGGAGGAAUUGUGAGCAACACCUUGAGACCACCUGUUCCCGUGAAUUGUGACCCAGAGUGGAGAUCACUGAUGGGGAGAUGCUGGGUUGUAGACCCACUACAGAGGCCGAACUUCACAGAAAUCGCCAACGAGUUGCGCUUUAUGGCUGCCAAAAUUCCAGCUAAGGGGCAAACAUCAGUUACAACUACAAGAACAAACACCUAGUUGGUUUUAAUUUUCCUGGCUCUCAUUCAGUUAAUGUCUAGUUGGAGUAUGUAUAUGGCCUAAGCUAAUUUGGAAUCAUAGUCUUAUGGAUAUCAUAUGGAUAGUUGCUCAUUUGUCAAAUGAGCAAACAAUUCUUUGUUCAUUUUAUCAAAUGAGCAAACAAUUCUUUGUUGAUUUAUCAAAUGAGCUGAUUAAAAAUUUUUAACAUAGAAAAUGAUUUAAAACAUAUGAUAAACCUAUUAGCUCAAAUGGU